CGGCUCCUCCUGGUCCCCCAGAGCCCACGUGCCCCACUCAUCAGGCUGGGCUGGGUCGACCAGGAGGCAGGGAGUGGUUUCCUUGGUUUCCUCUGGCCAGACCCUCAGGCAGGCACCGCCCCUAUGGGAGUGGCUGUUAGAGGUGCUGGCAGAGGAGGUGUGGGUUUUCUGGUUCAUUUUCAACGUCUAAAGACCAAAUCAGUCUCCUGAAAAUCACGUGCCCUCUCUCUUGCAUUGCGCCGUCACACCAUACGGGGAACGACCAGGGCGCCAGGUGGCUGUAAGCUAACGUGGCCGCUGGGGCUCCUGUCUGCGUGGAGCCCACAGCCUCCCGGGGGACCCAGCCGGUGCUCAGAUCAUCAGCCUCAGCCCUGGGGUCCGGCGAACCGUGUAUGCAGUGGAUCAUGGAGCGGGUCGGCUCAGGCCACCAGCCCCUUAGGUGAGGACAGUGCCUGGGGCUCAGCAGACAGUCCUGGAUCAUGGAGGCCGAGAGCGCGCCAGCCGGGAGACUUUCCUGUUGAGAGUCGUGGGCCCAGCUUGGCCGGCCGUCUUCAGGAGAGGCGCCGCCCCCACGGACCAGAGCUGGGGAGCUGCCGCUUCCGCGGAUGGGGAGGUGGGCCCUCGACGUGGCCUUCCUGUGGAGGGCGGUGUUGACGCUGGGGCUGGUCCUUCUCUACUACUGCUUCUCCAUCGGCAUCACCUUCUACAACAAGUGGCUGACCAAGAGCUUCCACUUCCCCCUGUUCAUGACGAUGCUGCACCUGGCCGUGAUCUUCCUGUUCUCCGCCCUGUCGCGGGCCCUGGUUCAAUGCUCCAGCCACAGGGCCCGCGUGGUGCUCAGCUGGACCGACUACCUCAGAAGAGUAGCUCCCACAGCACUGGCGACAGCGCUCGACGUGGGCUUGUCCAACUGGAGCUUCCUCUAUAUCACCGUCUCGCUGUACACAAUGACCAAGUCCUCGGCUGUCCUCUUCAUCCUGAUCUUCUCUCUGAUCUUCAAGCUGGAGGAGCUGCGAGCGGCGCUGGUCUUGGUGGUUCUCCUCAUCGCCGGAGGCCUCUUCAUGUUCACCUACAAGUCCACGCAGUUCAACGUCGAGGGCUUUGCCUUGGUGCUGGGUGCCUCGUUCAUCGGCGGCAUUCGCUGGACCCUCACCCAGAUGCUCCUGCAAAAGGCGGAACUUGGGCUCCAGAACCCCAUCGACACCAUGUUCCACCUGCAGCCACUCAUGUUUCUGGGGCUGUUCCCUCUCUUUGCUGUAUUUGAAGGUCUCCAUUUGUCCACAUCUGAGAAAAUCUUCCGUUUCCAGGACACCGGGCUGCUCCUGCGGGUUCUGGGGAGCCUCUUCCUUGGCGGGAUUCUCGCCUUUGGUUUGGGCUUCUCCGAGUUCCUCCUGGUCUCCAGAACCUCCAGCCUCACUCUCUCCAUUGCCGGCAUUUUUAAGGAAGUCUGCACUUUGCUGUUGGCAGCUCAUCUGCUGGGCGAUCAGAUCAGCCUCCUGAACUGGCUGGGCUUCGCCCUCUGCCUCUCGGGGAUAUCCCUGCACGUGGCCCUCAAAGCCCUGCACGCCCGAGGUGAUGGCGCCCCUAAGUCCCUGAAAGGGCUGGGCUCCAACCCCGACCUGGAGCUCCUGCUCCGGACCAGCCAGCCGGACGAGGAGGACAACGAGGAGGAGUACUUUGUGGCCCAGGGGCAGCAGUGACCAGCCAGGGCACCAGCUUAGAAGCAGGCCACUCCCCAACCUUAACACGCCUCGGCCGCUCCGGGACCCAGUAGCCUGUCGGGGGAGCAGGGGGCCCGGCGCCUCCCGGGCUGGGCCUCGGAGAGCACGUGACCGCGCGGUGGUGGUACCAGGGUAGGGAGCUGCUCAAAUGGGUGAGCCCCGGGCCGGCCUCUCGGAGCUGCCCGGGGCAGGGGCCCGAGCUGUGCUGGCGUCACAGCGGGCCAGGGGAGUGGGCUGUUCUCAGCCGCCCGCCAGGCCCCGGACGCCAGGAUGGUGAUUUGCAGUUCUGACGGGUUGCUAAGGGGACAGGGUGUGGACUGCAGAACGUUAGAAAUGGGGGAUGGAGACGCUGGGGCCUGGUCACCUGGAGAGCAGAGAUCUGCUCCCAGAGAGCAGAUCUAUUUAUAGUUUGGAAAUAAAGGGUUUCCGGUCCACUGGCCGCCUUGCCUUGCCUGGAGGUGUGGGGGCGGGAGGGGUGGCAUGGGCCUGGCCUCUCCCCUUCCCUCCCUGCCCACGUGGCCUUCUUCAGGUGACGGAGCCCCAGUGCCCUCUCGGGGCCCCUCCACACCUGCAGGCAGGAAAAUUUAAUAGGUACCGAGUAUCACAUUCUGGGGCCUUUGAUGCUCUCACAGCCUCAUCUGAACAUUGACUCUGUCACUAGCUGUGUGGCCUUAAGCAAAUUACUUAACCUCUCUGUACCACAGUUUUUUCAUCUGUGAAACGUGGAUAAUUACCUCGGAA